AUGGAACUGGAACUGCUCGGGCUGAACAACGCCGUGUCCUCGGGGAAGAGUCUCCUCUUUCUGCGAAGCGAAGCAGUUAUGCUCACAAAGAAGGAGGCUGAGCGCGUGAGGGAGCCCCAGCCGCCGCGAAUCGGGGAGACGGGGAGACGCGGAGGCGGGGCGAUAGAAAGGGACGCAGCUAUUCUGUACGUUGGACGGGAUCGUAGGUAUUAUACCUACGGCGCGCGGCGCGGCGAUCGGCGCGGUGAGGCGCCGAGCCACUGCGCCGUGACCGCGGUGCGUGUGUGUGUGUGUGUGUGUGUGUGCGUGUGCGUGUGCGUGUGCGUGUGCGUGUGCGUGUGCGUGUGCGUGUGCGUGUGCGUGUGCGUGUGCGUGUGCGUGUGCGUGUGCGUGUGCGUGUGCGUGUGCGUGUGCGUGUGCGUGUGCGUGUGCGUGUGCGUGUGCGUGUGCGUGUGCGUGUGCGUGUGCGUGUGCGUGUGCGUGUGCGUGUCUGCAGCAGGCAAUGACGCCACACCUAACGGGAAACCGCGCAAAACACAAAAGUCAGUACAAACCCAAAUAACUCAAUUAGAGAAAGAAUUAGCAGAAAAGAAUAAAUUAAUGUCUCAAAUUAAGGCGGAUAUUAUUGAUAUCAAACAAAGAAUAAAAGAGGCUAAUAAAGAAUUGGAAAAUAUGAAGAAGACAGCACAAAAGCGUAGGAAAAGAGCGGCAGCGCGUAGGAAAGCAGCUGCAGGACCGCGACAGAGGGCGCCACAGCGAAAUACAAAUAGAGUGUCGCCUCGGAGAAGCGAAACUAAUCCCAACCAGAGUGUCCGGUAUAUUGAGUUAAGAGGUGAAAUAAUUGGUUAG